GGGAACACAUGUCUGAAAGCUCGUCGACAAUAAACAAUCCGUGAGAACCCCCGAAAUCCCCUCAUUAUGUUGUUAUAUUAACAGUUAAACAAUUGAAUUCAUCAAAAUGCAAGUGAAGAACUCGAGAUACUCCACCAAUAAGUCGAAAUCCAAGAAGAAGGAACGAGAUGAGGAUCAUUUGGUCGUCAAAAGAAAAGGUGGUGGAAGUAUCAUAGAUCAUCGUCCCCUGUUUUCCAGCAAUGGAGAGAUCCUCUACGUGGUAUGGAAGCAGGUGAUCCGUAAAUACAGCACGCAGACAGGCGACUUCGUCGGGGAGUUUGAGCCAGCAGACGUGAAACUAGCCGGAAUUUCCUUCUACUCCGACAACUUCAACACAAUCGUGGGAUGCACCGAGUCCGGAGACUUGAUCAACUGGAACUCCCAGAACGGAGUGAUCACCCGAAAGCUGAAGCUCAAGACCCAGGAGGACGUCAAGAUCUCGACGUUCCACAUUGUCAACUACAGGUCGAAGAAUGGGAGGAACAUCUGCCAGGCGUUGCUCACGUACCCCAGCAAGAGCUCGAGCUCCAUCGAUCUGGUCCUCUUCGACGUGGAGACUGGAAACUGCACGAGUUCUAGGUCCAUCGCCUCUGUGGCUGGUACUGCCUACUGCGUGGACAUCGUUGGAAAUUAUGGGGAUAAUCUGGUGGCUCUGGCUCAGGAUGUUGAUCUCCAUAUCUUGCAGCCUACUGCUGGUCUCACUGGGAAGCUGCAUAAAAUUGGAUUGACUGGGAGAAAGCUCACCUGCAUCACAGGUCACCCCGAGGAUGAGUGCGUAGCAGUGGGCGACUCAAGUGGUCGCGUCCUAGUCUACAAGAACCUCUUCCACUCACGCCCGAUAACCGGCACCUACCACUGGCACACCCUUCCGGUAACCGAAAUAGCCUUCAGCAAAUCCGGGGGCCACAUGUACACCGGUGGCUCCGAGUGCGUUCUCGUCAAGUGGACCCUUGCCAAUCCCCUCCACAAGUCCUUCCUCCCGCGUCUCCCCGCGCCCAUAAAACACCUGACAAUAGCCCCCGAGAACAUUUACGUUGCCGUAUCCACCCUCGACAACGGAAUCGUGGUCGUCAAUCCCCAGAAGAAGCUCACCUCUUGCAUCCAAAACUUCACCUGGGGAGUGACAGCGUCCACGAAGGACCUCUUCCCGGCGGGUCUCACACUCGACCCAAGAACCGGAAGUCUCGUAUUGAACAGCCGAACUGGACACGUUCAGUUCUUCGACACCCACCGCAAGUCCCUUCUCUUCAACAUCAACAUAACAGCCCAGAACUUCCUCACCCAGGAGAGAUCGGCGGUAAUAAUCAACACGGAAGUCACCAGGAUCGCCAUCAACCAAGAUGGCGGCUGGAUGGCAACAGUUGAGGAGCGCGACGACCGGGUCUCGACCCCGGAAGUCAGGCUGAAGUUCUGGAAGUUUGACGCUGAGAGGCAAAACUUCGUCCUGAACACCUCUGUCGAGCUGCCCCACGACCUGGGGGUCAAUGCCCUGAGCUUUCAGCCCGACGCCAGUCUAGAUGGGGGGAGGAUCGCUGCUGUGACCACUGGGAAGGACCGGAAGUUGAAGAUGUGGAGUCUCGUGGAGGGUAAUUCAGUGGUCAGGAGGGGGAAGCACUGGGUUUGCUCAGGGGUGGAGAGUUAUCGGGACCUUUUGGCGACUGAUGUUGGUUUCUCGGUUGAUGGAUCGCUCCUGGGGGUGGGGUUUGGAUCGAGUCUGACUGUCUGGGCGCCGGAAACGAUGGGGUUGAAGUGCUCUUUGACCCACAGGAGGUAUCCCCAGGUGGUCAAGAGGGUUGAGUUCGGGAAGAAUGAGAGCUGUCAUCUGGUGGUGGUGGGGUCUGAUGAGCACAUUGGGGUCUGGAACCUCUUGACCCUGAGUCUCGCGUGGUCUGUCGGGCUGAAACUAGUGGCUCUUGUGGCCGAUCCUUGCUCCAACUUCAUGGCAGCGUUCUCGGGGGAUAAUUCGUUGUUUGUGUUCAAUCCCCAGGUGUCGACGCCUGUUUAUGUUAGGCGGGGACUCUUGGAGGGGGACUCGGGGGUCUUGGGGGCUUGUUUUGUGCCGAAUGUCAAGGAGAAGAGGGGAAAGGGGUUUUGCGAUUGGCAGAGGAGGAGCCAGCUGUUUUUUAUUGAUGAUAAUCAGGAGCUGCUGACGCUGGAGGACGAGAGGGAGGGCGCGGUGCUUAUGGAGAGCUUGGGGGUCGGGCUCAACUGGCCUAGUACUGCUUUUGGACAGCUCAUUGCUGAGGAGAGGAGCAGCGCCGUGGACAGGGGGAGCUUUGUCCAUGAACAGCUGGGGGGCGGAAAGGGAGUUGUUGAAGAGUUGCUCACGUUACCAGCACACACUCUCCCACCGAUGCGACUGCUUUGUGCACCAUUCAUACUAUCGUUGAGGGCGAAGCAGGAGAAUAAGCGGAAAAGUCAGGACGACAAGACCUCCAGUGAUGCAAACAGUGAGUCACAGAAUUCCGAUGACAGUGACGAAGAAGACGGAAUUGAGGUGAGGAAUCAUCAGAGUAUCGAGACGACUUCCAUGGAUGUUGAAGGUGGUAAUGAUAAUGACGAUAAUGACGUGAAACUCGUCAGUUUGGACUGGAGUUUUCUGGCUAGGAUUUUACCGAGUUAAUACGCAUGUUCGUUAUUAUUUCGUUGAAAUAAAUGUGGUAUUUUUAAGGGGAUUGGAGAGAUUCAUUUUAAUUAUUGAUGAAGGGAGAUGAUUCCAGUGGUGAAAUGUUGCAAAACAAUAAACUACUCGAUUUUUACAUUUUUUGCAAGUAUGAAUCAUUGUUUUUUCUCAUAUGAGAUUUGAGUUUCUUUAAAAUGACAAAAAAAAUGUUUAUUUUGAACACAAAUGAUCUUUUGUCAAUUAUGAAGAGAUUUUUUUCGUAGCUGAAGAACGUUUUUAGUGAAACAAUGUCAAAAGAUGUUUUUUUGGA